UUUUUUUCUCCUUUUCCCGUCACCACCACAUCGCGUGUCUCGAAAUUUUAACCAAAUCUUGAAUCACGAGUUUCGACUUCCACACCGCUCUUUCAAUCGCUUUUCAAAAUCUUUGAAAUAUCGUCAUGUCUUCGUAAUUCGUUUCCUACCGGCUUACACGAAAGAGCCAGCAGAGAGAAUUCGUUCGCGGCGAUAUAUCGUGUGCAAAUCUCCAGUUUCCAGGGCAACAUGAUUUGUCGAAGUUUUCAUCGUUUCUUUCACACAAACAAUGUGCUUUGGUACUCCUCGAGCAAAUCCCUGCUCGCAAAACUGCGGAAAAAGACUGGUUACACUUUUUCCAACUGCAAAAAAGCGUUGGAACUUCACAACAAUGAUCUUGCAAAGGCUGAAUCCUGGCUGAAAGAACAGGCCCAAGCUCUCGGUUGGUCCAAGGCUGAAAAACUGCAAGGCAGAACAACGGCCCAAGGUCUUGUUGCUGUGAUGGUAGAAAAAAAUCAUGGCGCAGUGGUUGAAAUAAAUUGUGAAACAGAUUUUGUCGCCCGAAAUAAACAAUUUAUAGGCCUAGCCGAAACUGUAAUCGCAGCAGUCUUGAAGAAAACCAUGGAAAUUCCUGGCGACCAAGUAAUCAACAAAUCUUUCCUGGACUCAGAAACUGUUAAAAUGUUGCCUGCUCUCGAUGGGAAAACUCUGGCCGACCAUUCUGCACUGACUAUCGGCAGCGUUGCUGAAAACAUCGGCAUAAGAAGAGCUCUCUGCAUCAAAGUUCAUCCGGAUGUGAAACUGGCUGGCUGCACUCAUCCUGCUCCUGCCAACCCUCUUUCAAUGUCUUUUGGCAAAUACGGAGCUAUUCUCGCUUACAAAUCUGCGAAAGAUGAUCUCCUCGGCACUCAAUUGUGCCAACAUAUUAUCGGUAUGAACCCACAGAAAAUCGGUCAGCCGGAAAUAGACAUACCAGCUCAAAAUGCGGACGACGAGACGGCGAUGAUUUACCAAGAAUAUUUGUUAGAUCCGAGUUUAACGGUGCAGCAAGUGUUGAUCGAUUCGCAGGCAGAAAUUCUCGAUUUCGGGCGUUUCGAAGUCGGUGAAAAUAUCGAGCUUGGCCACGAGCUCAAAAGUGUCGAAACAUGCGGAUGAACGUCGUCCAUUGCCGAACAUUUCAGAUUCAAUUUUUCGUUCGGAAAUGAACACAAUUUGCGUUCAUAGAAAAUGUGGAAAAACGAACAAACAAGGAGGCAUAAAAUGUAUCAAGUCAUAUUGUAAAUAAAUGAGCGUCGACGCUUCA